GAAAGAAAGACAUAAACAUCUUGGAUGACAUGGGGAUUGGCAGACUGGUCAUUGGUCAGAAUGGGAUUAUGUCAACACCUGCUGUUUCCUGUGUGAUUCGUAAAAUCAAAGCCGUCGGUGGGAUCAUCCUGACAGCCAGUCACAACCCUGGCGGCCCCAAUGGAGACUUCGGCAUAAAGUUCAACAUAUCUAGUGGAGGUCCUGCGCCAGAGGGCAUCACAGACAAAAUCUUUCAGAUCAGCAAGAGCCUCCAGGAAUAUUACAUCUGCCCUGAGCUCAAGGUGGACCUCUCCAAAAUCGGAAAGCAAACCUUCGAGGUUGACACGUUCAAGCCCUUUACUGUGGAAAUUGUGGACUCAGUGGAAUCCUAUGCAGAGAUGCUAAGAGAUAUCUUUGAUUUUGCUGCUCUCAAGGAAUUACUCUCAGGACCCAACCACAUCAACGUACGGCUCGAUGCAAUGCAUGGAGUGGUGGGUCCUUAUGUAAAGAAGAUAGUGUGUGAAGAGCUUGGUUCCCCAGCUAACUCUGCUGUUAACUGUGUCCCUUCUGAGGACUUUGGGGGACACCAUCCUGACCCUAAUUUAACAUAUGCUGCUGAGCUGGUCGAAGCUAUGAAGGGAGGUGAAUAUGACUUCGGAGCAGCGUUUGAUGGUGAUGGUGAUCGUAACAUGGUUCUGGGUAAGCAUGGAUUCUUUGUAAACCCCUCAGACUCUGUGGCAGUCAUCGGUGCCAAUAUUACAUCCAUCCCUUAUUUCCAGAAGACGGGCGUGAAGGGUCUGGCUCGCAGUAUGCCCACCAGUGGGGCUUUAGACAAAGUGGCCAAAGCUUUGAAGAUGCCACUUUAUGAGAGCCCCACAGGCUGGAAAUAUUUUGGAAACUUGAUGGAUGCUGGCAAGUUAUCCCUCUGUGGUGAAGAAAGCUUUGGUACUGGUUCUGAUCAUAUCCGGGAGAAAGAUGGUCUGUGGGCAGUGCUCUCAUGGCUCUCAAUCCUGGCUAGCCGCAAACAGAGUGUAGAGGAUAUCAUGAAAGACCACUGGCAGAAGUUUGGACGCAACUUCUUCACAAGGUAUGACUAUGAAGAGGUGGACUCUGAUGCUGCGAAUAAGAUGAUUGAUCACUUGCAGACAACAAUGUUCAAUAAAGCCUUUGUAGGGCAGAAGUUCUCCUCAGGGGAUAAAACAUAUAAGGUGGAGAAGGCUGAUAACUUUGAGUACACAGACCCUGUUGAUGGCACUGUUUCAAAAGGACAGGGUUUGAGGAUCAUCUUCACUGAUGGUUCGCGUAUCAUCUUCCGUCUCAGCGGGACAGGCAGUGCCGGGGCAACCAUCAGGCUUUACAUUGACAGCUAUGAGAAUGAAUCCCAGAAAAUCUAUGAGGACCCACAGGUCAUGCUGGCUCCUCUGGUGGACAUUGCCUUGAGGAUCUCUCAGCUUCAGGAAAAGACGGGCCGCACUGCUCCCACUGUGAUCACAUAAUUACCCUAAAGCCCAUAUUCACCUGAUCCAGCCCAAAACUAGCCCUCACUGUACUCAGCAAUGCCUUACUUUAUAAUUAUUGCCAUCAGUUUCAUACCACAGUCAUUGUGUUCAGUGUGUCCUCUAGAAAGUAUCACAUUUCCUCAUGUACAAUCAAAGAUCUAUAUCCAUUAUAAAUAGAGAGAGAGAGAGUAUAAAAUAAAGUCUGUGAAAUGAAA